CCUGGGGUUGGGCUUUGGUCACGGGUGGCUUGCUUUGGGCUGCCGUUAUCCCUAGCGUUGGUGUCCAUUGGCGUUCUAUGGCCGGCCUGACCCUUACAAUUUUAGCCAUGUCCAGCAACGCUUCUGGGGCCUAGGCCUGGGGGUUUUCGGCUCGACCGCCUGAGCUCUCAAUGCAUUACGGGAUGCAGUGGGUUUACUUCAGGGAGAUAAUUGUUGAGUUGCAGUGGACUGUGGAGAUAUCUCGUAUUCUCUAUUCUUCCGCGAGGCGGGCGACAUGCUUCCGUCUCCUCAGUCCUCACCGCGGGCCUUCGGAGUUCGGACUGGGGCUGGGGCUUAGAGUCCGUUAUUGGGGCAACUGCCGGAGACGAUCGAUCUCUCAGCUAUGACGAUGCGAGAUGAAGACGACCAAGGGGAGAAGAUGGGUAUAUAAGACUCUCGAUGUUGUCUUCUUUUCGACAUUAUCUCACUCACUCAUCACUCACACUCUCAACCUCAACUCCACCACCACCACCACCACAACACAACAACACAACAACAACACAACAGCCGCCAUCAUGCAGAUCAAGACUCUUCUCGUCACUCCCCUCGUCGCCGCUGGCGUCGUCUCAGCUGCCCCCAAGGCCGACACCACUCCCAAGUCCACUUACUUCAACGGUCUCGCCCUCCGCUCCGCCAGCCCCAUCCACUUCAGCUACAUCCAGGCCAAUAAGGAGUCCUUCGAGCUGAAGCUCAAGAAGCAGGAGGCCAGCUGCGACGAUGGCAAGAAACACAACGAAGUCACCUUCCAUCUCUCCGGCGACGAGCUCUGGCUCUACUCCGUCGGCAACCCUGGCCAGCAGGCCUACGUCGACUUCUCCGGCAUGGGCCAGGGCAAGUUCGGCUACACAACUGGUGCUCAGCCCAUGCCCAGGAACGGCCAGCGCAACGGCUGGAAGAUCGACAAGGACGGAAUCCUCACCAACGGCGGCGCUGGCUUCGUUGCCUGCCCCAACGGCGACGACCUCGAGAAGACCUCUUGGUCUGUCUGGGUCUACAACAGCAUCGACAACCCCGGCGGCAACAAGAACUGCCUUCCCUUCUCCGUCAAGGCCGCCAAGGUUAAGAAGCCUGUUGGCUGCCUGUACUCCCAGGUCCAGCCCGACGAGUAAAUGUUGGUUGAUGAUGGAACGUUUCUAGCACAUAUUUUUGCAUAGCCUCAUGGUCGAGGUCAUUGGGUUUAGAGGAUGACAAGUUAUUCAUUAUAAUAGCGUUUGAUUGGGUCAUAGAACCUGGAUAGAGUACAUACUCAAUACUUAUUUGCUUCUAUCACUUUUCGUCAAUUGCCCAUUAUAUGUGAUGUCUCCGAGUUGAACAACCAUCGG